CGCCGCGGCGACCAGCAAACGGACAAGUCAGCACAAAUAGGAAGAGAUUAUUGCGCACUCCGAGUUCGUCUGUCUGCAAGGAAAGAGAGACCAUUUCUUUUUCUUACAAUCUGACAGAAAAUAUGAGAUUCACCUAAAUCUAUGACCAGUUUUAGGCCAGCGGACUGUCUGUCUGAGACAUAGACACGUCGCGCUCUUCUUCAGUAAGUACAUCAGUCAUCAUGACCCACAACAAAGACAAACAGAAACCCUCCAGGUGGCUGGACUAUGGCAGCAUCACAGGAGAACCCCACUGGGAAAAUUGCCCUACCUGCCAGGGCUCAGGACGAAUAUCUAGAAGUGAGGAGGCCCAGCUGGUGGCAGUUAUUCCAUGCAGUGACCAAAGGCUGAAGCCUAGUCGUACGAAGCUGUAUGUGUGUAUCUCGGUUGCGUUAUGCCUUCUGAUCUGUUUCCUGAUCCUGUUCUUCCUCUUCCCUCGGAGCUUGGACAUAUCACCUGUAACUCUCCAGUCCUCCCUCGUCUAUUUUACACCUCGCUGUGUGCAAAUGAUAAUCACAAACAAACUAAACAUCAGCAAUCAAAACUUUGUCACCACUGAGGCUCAUGAUUUGGAUCUACAAGUCCUGAUUAAUAAAAGUGUAGUUGGGAGGACCAGGAUCUCAAAUGUAACCAAAAUUCCCCCUCGCUCCCAGAGAACGUUUAUUGUUGUGACUAAUGUCACCAUUGAAAAUGAUGGCCUCAUAUUUUACUGUCAAACAAGUGCCUUCCGGCCCCACACCUUGUAUGCACAACUGCAAAUGACUAUAAAAGCCUACUAUCUGUCACAUGAAGAGCAGCUGUCACUGGAUACGUUUGAGUAUAUUGAUUGUGGAAGAAACACUACAAUUCCACAUACUUUUCCAUAACUUCACUGUCAUGCUGCAUAUGAUGAUAGUGAAACCAAAGGGAAGAUAGGUAGCAAAUGCCAAAGUGGAUCUUACAAGCAAAUAUUUAGCUCUAGCUAAUAAUUUUUAAAUGUACCUUAAACAAGUUCUUUUAAAUACAUUUUAUGGAAAAUGUAGUAUUUUUGCUGCUGAUGGUUUGGGUCUUGAUUGACUUUACAUUUAAUCAGGGGACCAUCUGCAGUGUGAAAGUGCCUGUGCCCUACAGUACAUAUCCACAUUUUUAUAGUUAAAAUUUUCAAAUUUUAUUCAUUCAUUUAUCUUCAGUAACCUCUUUAUCCUGGCUAAGUUUAAAGUGGAUAAUGGGAAGAAUUGGCACAUGGUUAGAAUA